UGACCAACCCACGCUCGGGCCACAUAUCUACACGGCUGGAGGCUGCAGCUGCAGCUCACCACACUCCCUCCUCCAUCUCCGGUCCACACCAGGGUGCGAGCGUGAGCGUGAGCGCGAGGAGUGAAGCUCGAAGCCAUGGCGGCCGCGGAGACGCCGCAGGAGCAGUACGCGCCCAAGCCGGCAGCCGAGGGCAGGGGCUACUGGCGGUGGCGCAGGGACGACUUCUUCCCGGAGCCGUCGUUCGCGAGCUGGGGCGCGUACCGCUCCGCGCUGGCCGCGACCCCCGCGAGGCUGCGCGACCGCUUCACCGGCCGCUCCACCGACGCCAUCGAGCUCGGCGCGCUGCGGCGCCGCAGCGAGAACGAGAUGCGCCGCUGCCUCACGUGGUGGGACCUCACGUGGUUCGGCUUCGGCUCCGUCAUCGGCGCCGGCAUCUUCGUGCUCACCGGCCAGGAGGCGCACGACCACGCCGGCCCCGCCAUCGUGCUCUCUUACGUCGUCUCCGGCCUCUCCGCCAUGCUGUCCGUGUUCUGCUACACCGAGUUCGCCGUCGAGAUCCCCGUCGCCGGCGGCUCCUUCGCGUACCUCCGCGUCGAGCUCGGCGACGUCGCGGCCUUCAUCGCCGCUGCGAACCUUAUCCUCGAGAGCAUCAUCGGCACGGCCGCCGUGGCGCGCUCUUGGACGUCCUACUUCGCCUCGCUCAUCAACAAGCCGGCGAGCGCGCUGCGCAUACAGACGUCGCUCCUCGAGGGGUACAACGAGCUUGACCCCAUCGCGGUGGUGGUGAUUGCGGUCACCGCCACCAUGGCCAUCCUGAGCGCCAAGGGCACUUCCCGGAUCAACUGGGUGGCGUCCGCGAUACACGUGGUCGUGAUAGCCUUCGUCAUCGUGGCAGGAUUCAUCCACGCCAAGCCGAGCAACCUGACCCCGUUCAUGCCGAACGGCGUGCCGGGCGUGUUCCACGCGGCGGCGAUCGUGUACUUCGCCUACGGCGGCUUCGACAACAUCGCGACGAUGGCGGAGGAGGUCAAGAACCCGUCGAGGGACAUACCGCUGGGGCUGCUGGGCUCCAUGUCGGUGAUCACGGUGAUCUACUGCGUGAUGGCGCUGGUGCUGAGCAUGAUGCAGCCGUACACGGCGAUCGACCGGAGCGCCGCCUACUCGGUGGCGUUCAGCAGCGUGGGGAUGCACUGGGCGCAGUACGUGGUGGCGCUGGGCGCGCUCAAGGGGAUGACGACGGUGAUGCUGGUGGGCGCGCUGGGGCAGGCGCGGUACACGACGCACAUCGCGCGGAGCCACAUCAUCCCGCCGGUGUUCGCGCUGGUGCACCCCAGGACCGGCACGCCGGUGAACGCCAACAUACUCAUCGCCGCCGCGGCCUGCUGCAUCGGCUUCUUCUCCAGCCUCGACGUGCUCUCCAGCCUGCUCUCCGUCAGCACGCUCUUCAUCUUCAUGAUGAUGGCCACCGCACUCCUCGUCCGGCGGUACUACGUGAGGGGCGUGACGACGCGGACGCACGCGCUGCGGCUCCUGGUGUUCCUGCUGGUGAUCAUCGCCUCGUCGGCGGGCAUCGCGGCGUACUGGGGCACGAGGCCCGACCGGUGGGAGGGCUACGUCGUGCUGGUGCCGGCGUGGCUGCUGGGGACGCUCGGUAUCCAGGUGAUGGUGCCCGCGGCGCGCGCGCCCAAGGUGUGGGGGGUGCCGCUCGUGCCGUGGCUGCCCUCGCUCUCCAUCGCCACCAACCUGUUCCUCAUGGGCUCGCUCGGCUCGCAGGCCUUCGUCCGCUUCGGCGCCUGUACCGCCAUCAUGCUCAUCUACUACGUUCUCGUCGGGCUGCACGCCACGUACGACGUCGCCCACGAUGUGUGCAGCGAAGACGAGCUAAAAGACUACGGCGACACCGCUGAUGAUGAUGCUGGUGAGAAGGCGGCGGCGAAAACGGCCGACGUGGAGAAGGCUAGCGCGGGAGAAGGUGGUCGCUAAAGAUGUCCGGAGUCGGCCGGACGGUCCUGAUCCAUGCGUGGCCGGUAGUCAGUAAUCACUCCUUGACUAUACGUUGUCUGAAAACUUGUAAUUUGUACCAACAAAUGAAGAAUGGGAGAAGACUUUUUAUCUA